AUGUAUAUGAGUAGAACUCACAGCAUUACACUAUGCUCAGGGGAUAAUACUCACAGUGAACACUAUGCAGUGGGUAGUACUCACAGUGAACACUAUGCAGUGGGUAGUUCUCACAGUGAACACUAUGCAGUGGGUAGUACUCACAGUGAACACUAUGCAGUAAAACAUUUUGAUCACAUGCAGAAUGCCUCAGUGAAAUAUCAUCACUCUGACCCAAAUUCAACGCAGAAUAUUUAUGGGAACGUUACCGUUGUCACGGCAUAUUUUGAUCUGGGAACAUUCAGAAAAGGACCACCAGGACAAUAUUUCACUAGGAAGUUGUACUUUGACUGGGCCAAGACAUUUCGAUACCUAAACAACUCAUUGGUAAUCUACACGGAUUCUGAAGAUUUCAAAAUACACAUGUUCAAAGUAAGAAGUGAAUCCAUAAAGCAUACAAAUAUAUUUCUCAUCGAAAGAUCGUCGUCAUGGGCUUUCCAAAAUAUUGACACAAUACAAAAGAUAUUCAGUGCAAAGAGUUAUCCGAAACAUUAUCCGAAUACGGUUGUUCCAGCGUACGCAUGCGCACAACAUGCUAAGUUUGACAUGAUUGAACGCGCUGCAAAGUUCAAUAUAUUUGGUACAAAAUAUUAUAUGUGGUUGGAUCUUGGGUAUUUCCGGAAUCGUAAAUCAGAAAAUGCAUUUUAUUUGACCAAAUCAAAGGGCUUCGUUGAUUCAAAAAUUGCUGUGAAUCUUGUAAAUUCGAAACUACCACUUACGUCACAUCCUGAAGACAUUAUAAAGAAAAAUCUUGUUUUGUUUGGUGGCGGUUUGGUUUUUGGCGAAAAGGAGCAUGUAACCAAAUUUACUGCCCAGUUCCGAAGAGCUGUAGAGCAUUUCUUGUUAAAGGGAUUGGCAAACACUGACCAACAAGUUGUUUACGCCAUGUUUUCAAUGGACAAAAGGAAGUCGUUAAAACCGGAAGUAGAACUACAAAUUUACAGGUCUCCGCAUGAAAACGACUGGUUCUACCUUGGAAACACUAUAAUUAAGGAAAUGUUUUCAUUAUUUUAAUCAUGCUGAUCAGUGUAAAGGGCAUACAAAUGCUAUUAAAAAUAUGACCUCCUUCAGAUGACUUCGGACUUUAAAAGGCUGUUUUAAAUCGGUUUAAAAUAUAUGGUUUUCAAACAGUGCUUUAAACUAAACUUGGAGAAAAGGCUUUGGAGCUGGCCCCGACAAAUCCGUCGGUGAAAAAAUAUAGGAAUUGUAUGUAUGUUCGACUAACUGUUGGAAUUAAUUAUAACAAAAUCAUUAAAGCAUAUCUUCUGUUGAAUAUUCGGAAAAUAACAAGAUCGUUUGUUCCGAAUGGAAAGUACACAGAAAUAGUUUUAUUUUGUCGCACAGGGGGACAUAUUAUGCCUUUAAUAGGUAUGAAUGUAGUUGCAUUUACCAAAAAAAAACAGUUUAAGAACGAAAUCGCUUAAAAGAAGCUGACAUAUCGUUUGUCAGGAAUUUAGCUAUCUGCACUUGGAUCAUGGAAUAUUGGGCUUGAAAAGGACCGUUUUGGAUUCAGUUCCUUCUUUUUUCAUAUAAACA